GAGAGAGAAGGUCAAGUAGUGAGCAAAGGGAGGGGGCACUGGCUGCUGUGGCCUCCCCUGACCCCCUCCCCUCGCUGCUGGGGUCCUCGGCCAAGUCCCCUUCUCACUGGACUGUUUUUUGGUUGGGGGUGGGGUGGCCUGUGCCUACAGAGACAUGAGGCUGAGCUGGAUCCUGACAAUACUGUCCAUUUGCCUGAGUGCCCUGGUCACAGCCACAGGGGCCGAAGGCAAGCGGAAGCUGCAGAUUGGAGUGAAGAAACGUGUGGAUCACUGUCCCAUCAAGUCUAGAAAGGGAGAUGUCUUACACAUGCACUACACGGGAAAGCUAGAAGAUGGGACGGAGUUUGACAGCAGCCUACCACAGAACCAGCCCUUUGUUUUCUCCCUUGGCACUGGCCAGGUCAUCAAGGGCUGGGACCAGGGGCUGCUGGGGAUGUGUGAAGGGGAGAAGCGCAAGCUGGUGAUCCCGUCUGAGCUGGGGUAUGGAGAACGGGGAGCCCCCCCAAAGAUCCCAGGUGGAGCAACCCUGGUGUUUGAGGUGGAGCUGCUCAAAAUUGAGAGGCGUUCAGAACUGUAGCAGGCUGCAGAGGGGUAGGAGGCCCCUGUCAGGGACCAGACUGCUUAAAAACAAAACAAACAAAAACCUUUAAAACCCCAA